UCAGUUAGCCGGGACCCAACUGACUGACUGCUGUGGUGGUGGUAGUGGGAGAGAGGGGAAAAUCUGACCGUCCUUACCCGGCUGAUGUGUGAAGUCACGAUACCGCAGUGAAACCAUACAACGCCCCAGGACAUGCACAGAUCUGCUAAGGAAAAUAUGAAGUUCUUAACGUAUAGAAUGGUGAUGGACGUGAUAAAUCACUGAGUGCUAGGUGACAUCGUAAACCUUCCUUGAGCUUCACAUCUGUCUACCAGAAGCCUCCCCAGAUCUCUGUCAUCCGAGUGGCUCCAUCUUUGCCACCUGCGAUCCUCCGUGGGAUUCCCCCUCCCUCCUGCCAGACUUUUCAACUUCACCUCAUCCUCACCUCCCCGGGAGGGAGAGAGCAGCAGCCACCAUGGUGCUGUCACAGAGACAAAGAGAUGAACUAAACCGAGCUAUAGCUGACUAUCUUCGUUCCAAUGGAUACGAGGAUGCCUAUUCUACCUUCAAGAAGGAAGCAGAAUUAGAUAUUAAUGAAGAGGUAGAUAAGAAGUAUGCGGGGCUUUUGGAAAAGAAAUGGACAUCUGUUAUUAGAUUACAAAAGAAGGUGAUGGAGUUGGAGUCGAAGCUGAACGAGGUGAAGGAGGACAUGACGUAUGGGGGACCUGUCGGUCAGAAGAGAGAUCCGAAGGAGUGGAUCCCUCGCCCCCCAGAGCGAUACGCUCUGAGUGGGCACCGUGCUCCAGUCACCAGGGUCAUAUUUCACCCGGUGUUUUCCGUCAUGGUGACGGCCUCUGAAGAUGCUACCAUCAAGGUGUGGGAUUAUGAGGCAGGGGAUUUUGAACGGACCCUCAAAGGACACACAGACUCUGUGCAGGACAUCUCCUUUGACCAGACGGGAAAGCUGCUGGCUUCAUGUUCAGCUGACAUGAGCAUCAAGCUUUGGGACUUCCAAGGGUUUGAGUGCAUCCGAACAAUGCACGGCCACGACCACAACGUGUCGUCCGUAGCAAUUAUGCCAAAUGGUGACCACAUAGUUUCUGCCUCCAGAGAUAAGACCAUCAAGAUGUGGGAGGUGGCUACAGGGUACUGUGUGAAGACAUUUACAGGCCAUAGGGAGUGGGUGAGGAUGGUUCGUCCAAAUCAGGACGGCUCGUUGAUCGCCAGCUGCUCCAACGACCAGACCGUGCGUGUCUGGGUGGUGUCUUCAAAGGAGUGCAAAGCUGAGCUGCGGGAGCAUGAACAUGUAGUAGAGUGCAUCGCCUGGGGCCCUGACAGUGCUCACCCAACCAUCCUGGAAGCUACAGGCUCGGAGAGUAAAAAGAGUGGUAAGCCUGGCCCCUUCCUUCUCUCCGGUUCCAGAGAUAAAACGAUUAAAAUGUGGGAUGUCAGCAUUGGGAUAUGCCUUAUGACUCUGGUGGGACACGACAACUGGGUACGUGGGAUAAUGUUUCAUCCUGGAGGACGGUUCAUCGUGAGCUGUGCUGACGACAAAACAAUCAGGAUCUGGGACUACAAGAACAAACGCUGCAUGAAGACGCUGUCUGCUCACGAACACUUUGUUACCUCUUUGGAUUUCCACAAGACGGCUCCGUACGUGGUAACAGGCAGUGUUGAUCAGACAGUCAAAGUCUGGGAGUGCCGCUGAUUCUGCCACCGUGUCUCAUCCUGUCCUGCUUCCCCUUGUUCCCAGGAUGAAAACAAGCUCCACCCCAGCUUACGCUCCUCAGCUCUUUCUUCCCUUCUGCCCUAACGUCCGACCCCUCACCUCUCGCACUCCAAAUCAUUGACCAAUGCGCUUUACCUUUUCCUCGCUCCCCUUCUUCCCUACGCCGGUCCAGCCCCAUAAAGAUGACUAUUGUCCUUUUUGUGUAAAUUAUUCUGGAUGUAGGGUACGCUUAAUAAAUGUCACGCAAUCUCUGACAAUAAACACUCUCAAAAUGAUAAGUAUCUUUGCAUGGUGACUCAAACAAAUAAAAAAGAAAAGAAUUCAAUACUGUUAGAUUUACAAAUUUCCAUACUGUUGUCAUGACUUCCCAUUGGGUCAAAGGGUAAAUGUCUGUGUGUUGGUGCAGGUGGGUCCUGGUUAACUGACAGUGCACUCAAACCAAUGGGUAAGGUUAUGUUUAGUGUUUGUUUCAUUUUCCUGUUUCUGCGUUUUUGUAGAAAAACAGGGAAAGUGUAAGGAAGAAAAAAAAAAAGUCAAGCCAGAUUCAGCGUCCUGAAUAAUUGCAUUAGGUUCUGGUUAGGGCUGGGCGAUAAACCAGAUUUUACCGUUGCAAUGAUUCACUAAGAUACCCGGCACAAAUUUUCUAAUUUUGGUAAAUACGUCGAUGAAUAAUUUUGUUGCCUGUUUGCGCUGGUGGCUGGUUUUUCCUUCCCCUUUAAGGCACGGCAGCUUGUGUGUAAUCACGCGACUCCACCGAUCUGGUCAGGGUUGUAAACAAAGAAAAUGGAAGUGAAGAAGGGACUAAAAAAGCUGUAAAGAAAUUACAUCAGUAAAUUCUGUGGAGCCGAGCGAGAGCAGAGAUGAAGCUGAGCGCGAAGAGAAGUCAAUAGUAUGUUUCCAGAGUUGAGCGCGUGGCAGACCGGUUUUAAGCCAGGCUGUGGGAGUUUAAACUAUUAACAAUGGUCUCACUGCACAAUCAGUUUGGUGGCAUCAAACUUACACCAUAGAUGUUGAGCAAGAGAACACGAAAUGCAAAAUUUGUUUGAAAAUGGUCAGGACUUCCCAAAGUAACGCAUCCAACCUCAACCACCUAUGGCGCAGCCACGCUGUUGAGUAAAAAAAUGUGCAAAAGGCUCCACUACAUUUGUGCAAAAAUGUUUGCUAGACAGGUAAAAUGUUUCUCCUCUUCAAUGAGACAUUAUUGAAUGUUUAAACCUGAAUGGGAACAAUUGAUAUUUAAUUAGAAGUAAUAUCGAAUGUGAUUUAUUCAAUAAAUAGAUUAUAAAUAGAUCCUGCACAUGCCUUUAUUUCUGGUGGAGGAGCUGGAGCAUCUGGCUCGUCAGGUUAGGAGCAUUUAUCGUUAUCGAGGUAAAACGGCCCAAUUUAUGGUGAUAUUCUAGGUGUUGUCGCCCAGCCCUAGUUCUGGUCAUGCGAGUGUGUCUGUAUGUUUUGACAGAAGAAUCUUUUCCACCACAUCUACUGAAAUGGAGAGAUGAGGGCAGGCAAAGGUUCUCGCCUCUUUUAUUCUUGUUUUUAAACCAAUUAUCUUUCAAGUCGACACUCAACAGAUCGUGAUAACUUGCUGUGAGAGCACAGGCAUGAGGCCCGAACACUGAAGUGUUUUAUAGAAGAAAAAAGUCGAUGCAGCUGUUUUAGGGACCUGUGUGUCCCUCCAGAGAAUCGCCCGGUGCCCUCUUGCUAUCUCUGCCUUGAUAACCCUCUCUGGGCUCCGUCACACAGGGUUUUCAUCCAGCUUUCUGUGGUCUCACUGCUCUUUACACACGCAUACACUCACUAACGCACGUACACGCACAGUAAGAAGUUGUGUAUCAAUAUAUCUGGAUGUCAUUGUUUGCAGCAUAAUGAAAUAAAAUUCUGUAAAUACA